AUGGAUGCUGUGCCGGAGUACUCCCUUUUCCUAGUGCGGAUCCUGGAGGAGCUGGACACCAAGUACACCAGCGUAUCGUACCAGGAUCUGUGCAAGUCGCUGUGCGCUCGCUUCGACCUGGUCCACCUUGCCAAGCUGCGGAGCCUGCUCUUCUACACGGCGUGCCUGGACCCCAGCUUCCCCGCCACGCUGUUCCGGGACAAGAUGCGUUGCUCGGUGGAGGACCACCAGUCCAAGAAGCUGAUGGUGGCGGCCGACAUCGUCACCAUGUUUAAUCUGAUACAGAUGAACGGGGGCAUCGCCAAAGACAAGCUACCCAUGCCGGCCGCGACACCGCCACCACAACCACACAGGCCCAAGUUCCACAAAAACCAGUCCUUCGAGUCGUGCCGCUCUGACACCGAGGUCUACAAGUAUGGUGGCGGUGGUGGUGGCGGUUCGGACUGUGACAAGACUUAUGACUUCCUGGAUGUCAGGGGUCACCAUCACGUGACCUCUUCGCGCAACUCCCCCGGCUCCAAGUCGGACUGCAACAGCCGCCAGUCCUUCAUAACCUCCUCCGCCGACCCCAACUUCCUCCUGGGCGUCAGCAAGGACUUGAAGUGUCGGACGGCCUCGUUGGACAAGCUCCAGCACCUGCCCCAGUACUCCAGCAGCAGUCCGCCGUGCGAGAUGCAGAGCACCUACUUCCCCAUGGACAUAGACAGCGAGUCCACCACGGACCAGGACUCCCUGCACGUGAACUCGGGCAUCAAGGAGGUGUUCAUUUCCAGCUCUGAGCCGUUCACGGUGCACUCGUGCGUGCAAAAAAGGAACAUUUUCAAGGAGGACUUUCACAACCUUGUUGCCUUUUCUCCCCAGGUGAUUGCCACGGAGGCAAAGGGGGAGCUUAAGCCCCCCGAGCCCCACCACCACCACCACCACCACAAUCCGCCCUUCUUCAACCACAGCUUCGAACUGCCGUACAGCAACCCGUACUUUGAGCCCGUCAGCUCGCCGGCUCUGGACAAGAAGCGGGUGAAGCACGAGAGCCUGGAUGACCUCCAGGCGUCCACGUACUUCGGCCCGACCACGGUGUCCGAGUGCGUGAAUAUGAAGCGGGCCACAGCGGGUAAACCAGGCAGGCAGCCCCACUGGCCUGUGAAGAGUCUGAGCCUGAACACGGAGGACGUUCCUGACUACGAGAGGCCCACUUUUCUGGGUAGCAACAAGCCGCAUAAAGACAAUCACAGACACGCCAACAUCCAUAAUUUGGACCAUAAUAAUGACCAUAAGCCCUAUUCUUGUGCCAAAGACAAGCCCACUGCCUCUCCUUCAGGGUUUCCAAAGAAAUCCAACGGACCUAAGACAAAGGACAUGGCGUCCAUGGCUUGCGUGCCAAACGGAGACAAAAGGGACGGUGUGAAAAGGCAUAAAGACAAAACUGUCAACUGUGCAUCUUUUCAGACUGGUGUUAUGGACAGCCCGCUGUCAAGUGUUGGCACGCAGACAGAACAAGCCGAGCAGAGAAAGCUGAAGGAUUAUUCUGGACACAGCAAAUAUGCUGACAAGCAGACGUUCAAGCACUCGGAUGAGGACUCUGAGAUCGUCCCCGAUGACAUCAGUGACAUUUUCCGCUUCCUGGACGACAUGAGCGUGUGUGACUCACUGGGCAUCGUCCAGUCCUCGUGCUACAACAGCAACGGCUCGUUGUCUCAGGUGGGCAAGUCGGACGGCGACAGCUCACCCGAGCGGAACACCAUAAAGCUGGGCAAGACCAGCAUCAAGCUCGACCGGCUGUUCCAGUCGCUGGAGAGCUCGGACGACGAGCUCAAGGCCAGCGUCUGUAAGCUGGUGCUGCGCAUUGGCGAGAUCGAGAAAAAGCUAGAGUCGCUGUCGGGCGUCCGCGGCGAGAUCUCGCAGGUGCUGUCCAAGCUCAACAGGCUGGACGAGAAGAUCCAGGAGCCCGAGCCAGCCAACGGUACGCCAGGUGAGCCGACAGGUGUGACGGAGCACAUCCACCUGGACGCCUCAAGCCUCUCGCCUCACGUUUUCCAGUGCCACACGACCGGCCACAACAUGAAGGUGGAAGGCGGCGGAGGGAGCAACUCGGAGUGGUGCUGCUCGGAUGCCAGCGGUGGCACGGACAGCCUGAGGGUGCGGGCGCUCAAGAAGAGCCUGUUCACCCGCCGCUCUUCGCGCUCGCUGAACGAGGAGAACAGCGCCACCGAGUCCAAGGUGGCCAGCAUCACCAACUCCCCUCGCGACUGGAGGACCGUGUCGUACUCCAGCCACCCGGCCGAGGAGGGCAAAGAGAAGGACAGGGAGAGCAAGGACAGGCACCGAUCCAAAUCCAAAGAGACGGAGCGGCAGUACGAGAUCCCGCCAGGAGGAGGUCACCGCUCCUCCAAGCCCCCCAAGGACGGCUACCUGGUGGAGCAGGUGUUCAGCCCCCAUCACCACUUCCCGCCCUCGGUCAAGUCCCACAAGGGCGGCAGCCCGCUCUACACCGACCUGAGGCUCACCAACCUGACGGAGGCCAAGCGCUCCCAGCAGCAGCAGCCCCCCUCCUGGACCAUCGAGGAGUACAAGCGCAACUCGGGAGGAGAGAAGGGCAAGCUGGCCGCCUUGGACCUGCAGACGACGGAGUCGCUGAACCCCAAUAACCUCGAGUACUGGAUGGAGGAUAUCUACACGCCGGGCUACGAUUCGCUGCUCAAGCGGAAGGAGGCGGAGUUCCGGCGGGCGAAGGCGUGCAAGAUCGGAGCGCUGAUCGCGGCGGCUGCCUGCACUGUGAUCCUGGUCAUAGUGGUGCCCAUUUGCACUAUGAAGUCCUAAUACCAAUCCCAAUCCCAAACCUAGUCCUAAUUCUAAUUCCAAUCCUAACGCCCGGGAAAUGCUCGCUGUGUGACGUAGCCCCAUAAUUCACGCCGUACCACCAGUGGCAUAUAAGUCAUUGAAAG